AUGAAGAACAGUUUGAAACUUUCUCGAUAUUUUCCAAAUCGUUAUUGUAUUGAUGUUGCACAAAAUGGCCUUUCAUGUCCUGAAAAAUCGGUGUCAAUGUGUGCUGGUUGUGGUUGUCAAAUAUUGGAUAAAUUUAUUUUGAAAGUAGCCCCUGAUAUGGAAUGGCAUGCUAGUUGUUUAAAAUGUAAUGAAUGUGGAAAAUAUUUGGAUGAAAAUACAACAUGUUUUGUUCGGGAUGGUAAAACUUAUUGUAAAAUGGAUUAUACAAGACUAUUUACAUCCAAAUGUUCAAAAUGUCAUCAAAAUUUUACAAGAAAUGAUUUUGUUAUGCGUGCUAAAUAUAAAAUAUACCAUACAGAAUGUUUUCGUUGUGAUAUAUGUGAUAAAUUAUUAUUACCAGGUGAUGAAUAUUCACUGAAAGAGAAUGAAAUUUAUUGUCGAGCAGAUCAUGAUCAACUAGAAAAAACUAAUAGAUAUCAAAUAGAAAAUAUUUCAAAUUCACCCGCAAGAACAAACGAUUGUGGUGAAUCAAAAAAUGGUAAAAAUCAUUCCUUAUCAGCCAUAGUUCCAUCAACAAUAAAUAGUGCUAACAAUGCUUCAUCGUCGACCGUUCAUCGACCCCCUCAAACAUCGUCAUCGUCUUCUACGUCUUCAUCGUCGACAAUUACAACAACAACAAAUAACGGUGGAAAUAAUGGCAACCACAGUCAACGUAAAGAUAAAACGACUCGUAUGAGAACGGUUUUAAAUGAAAAACAAUUAUUAACAUUAAGAACAUGUUAUGGUGCAAAUCCUAGACCGGAUGCACUAAUGAAAGAACAAUUGGUUGAAAUGACUCAACUCAGUCCUCGAGUCAUUAGAGUGUGGUUUCAAAAUAAACGUUGUAAAGAUAAGAAAAAAAGUAUAUUGGCAAAACAAACACAAGAACAACAGAAAGUAUUAACUAGUCUUGGUCAUGGUAUCCCAUUGAUUGCCUCUAGUCCUGUUCACAAUGACAUGUCUAUUGGUUUACCACCACCAACAUUAGUAGAAUUUAAUAUUAAUGGUGGACCAUGGAAAACAGUGUCAGACGCAUUUACAUUAAAUGGACCACCACAUGAUUUUAAUGGUAUUGUUCCAACAAGUACCUAUGAUAGUCUAAUGAGUUUUCCAUCGGACGAUGAAAGUUGUUUUGACACAUCACAGUAUAGUGAUCAUGGAAGUGAUGAUAGUCGAAGUGGACUUCAUGAUGGAAGAUUAACACAAAUAUAA